AUGAAGACCUUGAAGGGAAAAUACGUAAGUGGUGUGAACUUCUUAGUUGCAGCUCCGGGUUUGGAUGGGAUCCAAACACAAAACGGUUUACAGCAUCAUAUGAGUUACAAAAAAUUCAAAGAUGAAACCUUUGAAGAAUUUGAUGAUCUCAAGAUGGUAUUUGAGGACAACAUAGCAACCGGUGGGAAUGCUAUUGGAUUAGGUGAUGGUACGGAUGCUCGAACAUGUGAAAUUGCAGGAAAAAAGCAAACAAGUUCUAUUGAAGAUUUUCUAUGGAUGUCGAGGAAGAUCAUGAAACACCUUCGCAUUUUGUGGACAUCAAUUAAAGGGGCCCUUCAGAAAAACUUCCUGUGA